AUGGGCAGUGAGGCGGACGCGGAGACCACGGGUACCAACGCCGUGGACUCGGAUGAAUCCGAUAGCUGGGAGAAAUUUUUCGGAUCCAGCACGGACCUGGUGCCCCAAGUGCUGGGGAUGUUCGACGAGCUGGUUCGUCGCGGAAAUGGAUACACCGAUCACGUAGUCCUUCCCACGGUGCUCCAGAAGCGUUUCAGUUUGGUGUCCCGUUCCCAUCGAGGCUCCAUAUUCGACCAAUUCUGUGCUGACGUGCCGAAGGCCCAGACCGAGGACGCGAUGCCCUCGGAACAGGGAAUAGAGAGCAGCGUCGGGGUGGUGAUCGUGGCCGAGGACGUUGCGUCGGAGAAGAACAACGUUUACGGGACCCUGGAAAACCAACAGAAGGAUCGAACCACCCGCUGUACGAUCGAGGAAAAGUCAUAUCGUAGGGAGAGCAAUGGACUCACGCCACUCAGGUACAACCGGAGAUGCAGAAACGCUGGUAGACCCCUCUCUGGAAGCUCUGUCGCGUCCAGUACGUCAUCCAGCGGAUGCAGCAACCAAGGGAACACCUGUAAUGUUAAUCCUUAUUUGGCGUCCGUGGAGUCUCUGGCCGACACUUGCGCCAGUUCUCAAGGUUCUGGGGAUAGCGGAGUGGUCACGGUUUCAGAAUCGAAUUGCCGAAUCGGCAAUGAUGGCAGUAGUCAAAGAAGAAACAGUGCCGAGGAGGAUCCAUCGUUUCACAGGUCGCGUUACUGCGAUCCCCAUCGAAACCCCAUGGAAAGGGUGCUUCUCGAAAUAGUCGACACCGAAGCGAUAUACGUGGAACACCUACGGCAGAUUAUUCAAGGAUACCUUAUAUUUUGGAGAAACGAUCCGGCAUCGUUUGCCCACCAGAUGCAACUAAGUGACUUAUUUAGUAAUAUCGAGGAUAUUUUUGAAUUUAAUAGAGAGUUCCUUAAAGAAAUAGAGAAAUGUGGUUUGGACCCUGUUUGCAUGGCAAACACAUUUAUAAAGCACAACUCAGGAUUCAAAGUGUACACAGAGUAUUGCACUAAUUACCCAAGGACAGUUUCUGUUUUAACCGACUUAAUGAGUCAAGAAGAAGCUGCAAAUGCAUUUCGCGAGAGGCAAGCAGCUUUGGGACAUGCGUUACCUCUUGGGUCGUUUCUUCUUAAACCUGUUCAAAGGAUUCUGAAGUACCAUUUACUUUUAGAGAACUUGUCGAAGGAGUAUGGAGCAGACUGUGAGUUAAGAGAAGAUGAGACUGAAGGGAGGAAGGCGAUCGAAGGGGCGUUAGCUGCAAUGACUGGUAUCGCAAAGCACAUUAACGCAAUGAAACGACGACACGAACACGCUGUGCGUGUACAAGAGAUUCAGUCGCUUCUGUACGGUUGGCCUGGGCCAGAUUUAACCACCAGCGGAGAACUGGUGGCAGAAGGGCGAUUCAGAAUGCGGGGAGCGAAAGCCCCUAGGCAUGCUUUUUUGUUCGACCGCAUGCUUCUUCUCACCAAGAAGAAAGAAGAUGGACUUCUAGUCUACAAAGCUCACAUUAUGUGUUCUAACCUGAUGCUUAUUGAAAGCAUACCAGGAGAACCGCUUAGUUUCCACGUGAUUCCCUUUGACAAUCCUCGACUACAGUACACCCUACAGGCGAGGAACUUGGAGCAGAAGAGAGAAUGGACGUUGCAGAUAAAGAGGGUGAUUCUUGAAAAUUACAAUGCGGUGAUACCUAUCCACGCAAGGCAGUUAGUCUUGCAACUUGGCCAGACUCAACCAGAGGAUGACGCUCUAACGGACAAAGGGUCGACAAAGAAACAAUAUUCCGCACCGCCAGAGUACUUAGAGAAGCGUAAACAGGAACGGGAGAGACGGAGGUCUGAAACUGGGCUUAGGCAGAAGUUUAAGAAAAAUGCCAGAAAGUCUGAGACUACAACCGAGGAUUCUCCAGCAUCGCCAAGGAAAAACCAGAAUGAAGAUUCUAGCAUGAAUGAUUCUAGAGAUCAAAGUCUUAGAGUUUCUGAUGGACGCGGGUCGAAAGUCAAGGAUCGCUUCACCGGUUGGAGGAGAAAGUCAGAGCCAGGCUUCCAAUCCUACGUCUGUCUCAAUCAAUCCGACGAGGAGCAAAAGGAAGACAUUGGCGACACGGGAUCAGCGACAAUUGAGCCUGAGUGCGCGAUUAUUGAAAACGAACAACACACGUCGAAUCCGCCAACGCCAGAAGCCAAAGAGAACACCGAGCAACAAACUCAAGUUCAAACAGUCGAAGAGAUAGUCGGUCAUAUCCUCAUGCAGAACCAGGAAUUCCAAAAGCUCCUCGAGAAGCAACGAACGAACAGCAUCCUGAACGUUAGGCAACAGCAACGUUUCAAUAAACACAUGUCCGCGGACACUUCCGACGACAGCGACUCGGAGAACACCAAUUACAUCACAGAGAACACAAACAACCGGAUGACGCGUCUUCGUACAGCGCAACGGGACAGGCUAGUCAGGACGAACAACACCUGGAACACCCUAUCCUCAUCCCGGGAUCAUCAACCCACACAGUUGCAGUUGUUGUACGACAAUCUGAGUAAAACCGAAAACAAAUUAAACGAUACCACCGGCCUAAAGAAUAAGAUCAACCGUGUCCACGAGAAAAAAACGAUGUUCGAAGCGUUCAAACGGCAAAGUAUCGUCACAGAAAGCAAAGUGAUCAAGACCGCGCUUAGGAUACGGGAGAAUUCAGCGUCCAGGAGUGAAGAACCAACUCAGACUACGGUUACCAGGGAGACAGAGAUAGUAGAAAACGACAGGGGAACGACAGGUGAGAAUGCGGACUGUAAUCAGGAUACACCAGAAGAGACUAAUAAAGGCUUUGGUAACUACGAUAACUUACAACAUGUUUGGGAGGGUCUGCAAGAGGAGAAAGAUCUAGAUAACAACGACAGUCCGACCCGGCCGGCGGUGUGGCUAACCAAACGUUGCGAAGGACUGCCCACAUCGCCCCAAAAAUGUGGCUCCCUUCCACGGAGUUUUCAGAUCAACCCAAACUCCAAUCAGAACGUGACCAAAUCACGGUUCUUGCAGAGGGACGGGAAACCAAUGAGCGAGAGACCGUUCACGAUAGCGUCGGAUAAGCCUGCGGAGAUCAAUCUGGAGGAUAUGGAGAGAUACGCAUCGACCUGCCAGCCUCAAGGAAGGAUCGCCAAGUUUCCUACCUCCGUGUCGACCUCCACGUCGACGUUCUUCUGUUCCCUGGACGAUACUCUGACCGAUGCCUAUUCUGAAAUUCACAUGUCGUCCUCUACGACCACCAAUAUACACCCUGACCAUAAGAUCUACAGGGCAAAUACGAGUGGUAGUUCCACCAUAUUCAAGAACGUCCUGUCGAAGGCUGGCAGUCGUUUACAAGGAUUAAGAAACACCAUGAGCACGGAGACCCUGGAGUGCAGCGAGGAACUGGAACGGACAAAGUACUUCCGCUCGUUGAGCACAGGUAAGCUGAAGAAGAAAGGAAAACUGAAACACUCCAGGGAAGCGUCAUCGGACGUGGAGGAGCUUGUAGGCUGUGCUGCUAGAGGAACAUCGAACUCGAGGGUACCGUCGCUUUAUUACAAGCAAGGGAGUUCCAGUUUGGGUGCUCGUAUCGCUCAGUCCGAUUACGCAGAUCCUUCUAUACUGUUCUCGGAGAGCAAACGGCUCGGUCAACUGGCGAACAAUUCAGUCCAGGCGAAGCAAGAUAAGAAAGAGGACGAGGAGAGUGUCGAGAAUAGGGAAAGUGAGACGGACAGUUUUUACGAGAAGUCGUUCGAGACGAUCGAAAACUACGUGGACGCGGACGUGGAUGAUGCUUUUAGGGACAGUGCAAUAUUUAGCGACAUGGAGGAGGUUCUCGUGGCCAGACCGCUCUCGAGUCACGCGACCGAGGAGGUGUCGUUUAAAUGUAAAAUCGCGCCGCCAGUUCCUGCAAAGAAGAGAACUGAGUCAUCCUUAAUAGUAAACCCAGCGACGUACACUGCGACCACGAAGUGCAAACCGAACGUUGCUCAAAAACCUGACUAUUUGAGGGUGAAGUCCGUGUUCUUGAAAGGACCAGACUUGGACUGCAAAGUGUCAGUGAAGUCACCUACGAAUGAGAGUGCGACGUACCAAUAUCGGAAGAAUGGUACACAGAACAACUGUGUGGAGAACAAUGGCGAAGAGAGGGAUGAUGUGUCUGCGGGACAGAGCCAGGCAGGCUGGGUGAGGAAAAUCGUGGGUCAGUUGCAGGGUCACGUUGAAACAUAA